GUAAAGUGUGUGAGAGAGAGAACAGAAAGCAGAAGUAUAAUAUCUUCUCUGAUCACCGUUUCCUCUCACAGUUACACAGCGGAAGACACCACUUCCUCCAAAAGACACGACACAUUCUUCAUAAACACCUCAGACUGCAGAUCGCAGGACUCAGGAUGGAGACGUUCAACUCGAAGGACAUGGCCAUGAAGGCCCAGAAGAAGAUCCUCAGUCGCAUGGCCAGUAAAUCCAUGGUUCAUAUGUUCAUAGACGACAACAGCAGUGAGAUUCUGGACGAACUGUACCGCGUCUCCAAAAAACACACGGAAAACCGCGACGAGGCCCAGAAAGUGGUGAAGAACAUGAUCAAGAUAGCCGUGAAGGUUGGAGUUCUGUUUCGACAUGAAAAGUUCAGUCCAGAAGAACUGAGUCUGGCUCAAGACUUUAGGAAAAAGCUUCAUCACGGAGCCAUGACAGCGAUCAGCUUUCAGGAGGUGGAGUUUACGUUUGAUAAGAACGUGAUGAUGGAACUGUUGACAGACUGUCGUGAUUUACUGCUGAAGUUGGUGGAAAAGCAUCUGACGGGAAAAUCUUUGGAUCGCAUCAGGCACGUGUUUAACCAUUACUCUGACCCUGACCUCCUCACGCACCUGUAUGAUCCCAAAGGAACGCUGUGGGACAAUCUCACUAAAAUCUGCACCGGACUCAACCGCAUGAUCGAAGAGGGAAAACUCUGAAUGAACAUUGAACAAGUGUGACGGAUAUAAAGAAGAGAUACAGAGAUACAGCGCUCAGGAUGUCAUCACUCAAAUCAAUUCAAUUACAAACUCAAAUCUUAUUGGUCCAUCCGUUUUCAUUGCCGGACGAGGGAAGAAAAACAUGAAUCAAAACUCAGCUCUGAAAGAAAGCGAAUCAUGUUCACACUGAACUUUUGUGGUAAUAUUUUCAUUUGUGUAAAAACUGCUUGAAGACUUUGACACAAAGAGACAGUGAUGUGUGACCGUGAGUUUGUAAUCCAGAGACUUCAACACCAAAACAAAUCAAAACCAAAGAGAAAUUCUGCAAUGCUGGACUUUGAUGAAGUAAAGACCAACAAAAUCAUCUGUAUCCAUGUCUUUUUUUUCUUAUUUUGUUGAAGAAUUGUAAAUUUAAUAAAAUGGCCUUGUCUUUUCUGAAAACAA